CACCUUGCGGAGCGAGCGCGCGUCUGAUCCCAGCCAGGAGGUGGGCGGCGACUCAGCCCGUUAGGACGCGGACACUCUCUGCGCGCGCCGCGACUUCCGGGGGGACGCGGGAGGCCCCCAGGGGCGCGGGUUUCAGCGGGCUGUGUCUUCCACGUCUCUUGCUCCGGAGAGGCCCCGGAGCACCCCCUCUGCCGGCCCUCAGCCCUCGGGAAAGCGCCGGGAUCCCUACAGAAACUGGGAAGGGGGCCAAGGCGCCCCGGGCGUGGAGGCGCGGGCAGCCCUCUCCACGAACUGCGCCGCGCGGUGCAGCGCGCCGCCUGUGCCCCGGGAAGCGGCUCUGCAUCAGAGCAACAGGUGCGGCCCGAAGCCACUCCCGGAACGAGGGAACGGCCGGCCGGCAGGGACCCGAACCGGUAAGGCGCCGGGGGUCUCUGCCUCUCGGCGGCCGCGCGGAGGGCAGAGGGAACCCCGCGCUCUCGGGACCCACCCUCGCCCCGGAAGGUCCAGAUCGCGGCUCCUCGCGGGCGGCCUGGCACAAACCUGGUGCGAGUAGGCUCAGCCGCAGGGUGCAGGGUGCAGGGUGCAGGGUGCGUGCCCAUCGCGGAGCCUUAGGAUCAGAGACUCGCGCUCUCCGUGCUGGGGCCAGGACCCCGCGUCCUCGGAGCCUUCUUCCACGGCGGGCACCGUCGCCAGCGCGCCCGGGCCGCUUGGGGCAUGGAGCUGGCCGCCGGCAACCUCAGCGAGGGGAAUGCGAGCGGGCCCGAGCCCCCAGCCCCGGAGCCCAGGCCGCUCUUCGGCAUAGGCAUCGGCGUCGAGAACUUCAUCACUCUGGUGCUGUUUGGCCUGAUCUUCGCGUUCGGGGUGCUGGGCAACAGUCUGGUGAUCACGGUGCUGGCGCGCAGCAAGCCGGGCAAGCCGCGCAGCACCACCAACCUGUUCAUCCUCAACCUGAGCAUCGCCGACCUGGCCUACCUGCUCUUCUGCAUCCCCUUCCAGGCCACGGUGUACGCGCUGCCCACCUGGGUGCUGGGCGCCUUCAUCUGCAGGUUCAUCCACUACUUCUUCACUGUCUCCAUGCUGGUCAGCAUCUUCACCCUGGCCGCGAUGUCGGUGGACCGCUACGUGGCCAUCGUGCACUCCCGGCGCUCCUCCUCCCUGCGGGUGUCCCGCAACGCGCUACUGGGCGUGGGCUUCAUCUGGGCGCUGUCCAUCGCCAUGGCCUCCCCGGUGGCCUACCACCGCCGCCUCUUCCACUGGGAAGUCCGAAACCAGACCUUCUGCUGGGAAGAGUGGCCCAACCAGGGCCACAAGAAGGCCUACGUGGUGUGCACCUUUGUCUUCGGCUACCUGUUGCCGCUUCUGCUCAUAUGCUUCUGCUACGCCAAGGUGCUUAACCAUUUGCAUAAAAAGUUGAAGAACAUGUCAAAGAAGUCUGAAGCAUCGAAGAAAAAGACUGCACAGACAGUUCUGGUGGUGGUUGUGGUUUUUGGGAUAUCCUGGCUGCCGCACCACGUCAUCAAUCUCUGGGCUGAGUUUGGGGUUUUUCCGCUGACCCCCGCCUCCUUCCUCUUCAGAAUCGCUGCCCACUGCCUGGCGUACAGUAAUUCCUCGGUGAAUCCCAUCAUAUAUGCUUUUCUCUCCGAGAAUUUUAGGAAGGCUUAUAAGCAAGUGUUCAAGUGCCGCACUCACAGUGAAUCGCCUCUUAAUGAUACUAAAGAGAACAGAAGUCGAGUAGACACCCCGCCAUCCACCAACUGCACUCACGUGUGAGAACAGCAAUAGCGCUCUUGUGCACCAGACACAAAGCUGUAGGGGAGGGGUUGAGCAAGGCUGCAACUUCUUAUGCUCACCACCAUUCAUGUCAUUCCCAUUACAUUACACUUGGUUUUUAAAAAAGUGCUUUGAUCCGUUUGGGAAAUCUCUAGGUCUAGUAAAGAUUAUUUCUAAAUUUUAUUUCAAAAACAAAAGGAGAUGCUAUGUAGUUUCAUACUUCUACAGAAAUGAAAGUUUAGUAGAGUUCCCUAGAUGUGAUCAGUUCUUCAUAGAAUGAGGACUAAGGACCUAAAUAUUGUUGGGAAUAUUGGCAAUCUACAUUUUGAAGCAACUUUAUUUAGAAAAUACAGCUACAUGUUGAUUCUUCAAUUUUAAGAAAAGAGGUGAUAUUGUAAGCUGUGUGUUUUAGAAUGUGAUCACGGACACAUGAUGAAAGUUUUACCUGAAUUUAAUUUUUGUGGCUGUUUGUAGAGAGACACAUCUAUUAAGUGGAAGUAAGACUUGCCAAGCUUAUUUGCACAGGCUGCAUUUGCUGCCAACUGUAAAUAGGGAGCAGGGUUUCUGGGGAUGAGCUGCUCCCACCUGUGGUCUUGAGGUCCCUUAAGUAUCUUCAGACAUCAGCUGCUGUGUAGCAGUGAUUCGGCGUGGCAGCCGUGGGUGCCGUCCUUACAACUAUCCUGUGACGUAGGCUUUGUAGAAUUAACUGAAAAAAAAAAUCAGGGAAAAAAAUGCCAAAUACAACUAUUCUGAUAGUAGAAGCUUCAAGUGAGAUUCGAGAAGGAAACUGGUCAUUACAGUUUUACAAAUCUACUUGCCUGGGGUAUUAGCUGUGCCUCGAACAGAACUGAGCCAAAAGAUAGUUAAAAAAUAAAUCAGUGAAGACACUGUGUAAAUAACGAUUUCUAUGGGGCCAGAGAGAAGUCAGAAUUCAGUGAGCCAUGUGUGGCAAUGGGUGUGUCACGUGCAGAAACCAUACUCAACGUCUGAUCCAGAAAACGUUUGAAGAAAAGGAAUCUUCUGAACAGGUAUACCCAGGGAUAUAUGUUGUACAAACAAAUGCUUUUUUCAUUAAGUUUGUAGUAAUGUUAAAACGCACAUUUACCCAAAAUAUUACUUCCUCUGGAAAUGUCACUUUGAGGUUAAAAUGAUCACAAGCUGAAUUUCAGAUGUGGGUUUCACAACAAUUUCAUAUUUAUUCAUGUUUACAAUAAAAAAAAGGGAUGAAAAGAUUAACUUAUCCUAUCUUAGGACAGUAGUUUUCAGACUACAGGACUUUGAUAUAUUUUAGAAUACAAAAACAAGACUUUUUUUAAAACAGGAUUAGCAUAAUGUACACCUGUGUCAAAUCAAAAUUCCAUAUGAAAUAGCAAAUUUUAGAUAAAAACAAACUUGAUAUAAGUCUUUUCAUGUUAUGUAUUUAUUGUCACUAAUUAUGUUCCUCCCACAAACAAUAUUGACAUUUGCAAUGGUCUGAUUCUGCCGCCAGAAGAGGAGAAAGUCUUUGAAAGGAUGGGAAAUCAUGAGCUCUCAUGUUGGGUGCCUAGAGAAACAACUUGUGUGUAUGCAUAUGUGAGUAUUUUGAAGAAUAGUUUAAGUCCUUUGCAUGGAAAAUUUUUUGCACUUUAUUCAAGUAGAGCAGCGGAAACAUUGUGUCUUGAUGAUGAUACCUCAUGUGCUUUGUGGAAUUUGAAGUUGCAAUUGCAAAUGCCACAAGUUGUGUGUGUCAACUCACACAGAGAAGUGCCCUGGCUGCCUUUGGACUUGCACAGUUGGCAAAGGCCUCCUGCACCACAGCUGUUCAUGUUCUCCCCUGCUGAUUCCUCUACACAUACAUGGAAGUAUUCAAAAAAAAAUACAGUACCUAAUGCUGCUAUUUUGUAAGAAGCAUGCGGAAGAUGUCCUUGAACACGAUGGACGUACUUACCCACAUUGACUCCUCUGGUCUUUCCUAUUUGUUUUUGGCACGACAGACGCUAUUGGCAUAGUCCCUAGCUGGUACCUGCAAAACCUCAAAUGUGCUGCGUGUAGAUGCAAAUCACUUCAUUUCGUAUGUAGAGCCAGUGUUUCUCCUGCCCAACAUCAUUCCUCAUAUUCAGAGUGUAGGUGGUCCCUUGUAUAACCAAUUUCGAUGUGGAGGGUCACUUACAUCCUGCAAAGAUCAGACCCUGUGAAGCUGUCUGCAUGAGGAGUUCUGAGGGACAGUAACAGACUUCAUCGCCCAGACAAGUGUUGGAGCAUCUGCUUCCUAGGGGGCUGUUUUUCUAAUAUAUCAUCGAUGCCACCAAUCCAGAAGCACCUUUGCAUCCUUCACUAAAUAAAGAAGACCUCCCAAGGACACGCUUUUACUCGCAGCAGCCAGAGUAAAGGAGAAAUACAAAGCAAAGGCAAAUACAGCACUGUAUUUGCCUUUGAAGUUGAGCUGCUUGAGAACCAUGUUUUUCAUUGACCUUCAAAGAAAAUUGAUGUUUUCCCCUUAGAUUUGGCUGCCUCAGUGUCCCAAAGUGGCUGUUAUUUUUCUGGACAUUUGCUUUCACAUUUGUGGACUGGCUCUGCAAUAUUAAAUAGCCAAAUUCCUGGCAGCUGCAUACGUGGGUGCCCUGGCUUCAGUCUCCUACUGAUGAGUGUAGAGACGUGGUUGGAAAGACUUUCUCAUCCUGCAUUCCCAGGAGAUCUGUUCAAUAGAUGCUCUCUGCUCUUCCAACCAUGUGCGUGCUCAGAGGCCAUUCUCUGAGUGUUUUAGGUACAUAUUUUUUAUUAAUGCAAUUGUUCUAUAUCCACGUUGGGAGUAGAAUAGUCAUUUCGACCUCUUCCUCCAUCACUCCCCCUUGUGUUUCUCUCAACUCUUGCUUCCAUCUGAGUUUCUCACUGUGAUGUUUACCAUAGUGAAAUCUCUCCUUCGACUCAGACGUACUGAGUGACAGUGAAGAGGGGACGUGGCUGCUGAGCUGCAUGAACCACUCAUGCAGCUAGAAGCUUCAUGCGUUUCACUAGAAGCUGCUCUUGAGUCACUUGGGGUCUUGCAGACGACUGUGUUUACCCAACACCUUGGACACCCUGAGACCGUGCAGUUAAUAGUUUCUACAUGUUAGCUGAAAGCCAAGGUCAGACUUCUCCCGAGCAGGAGAGAGGAACCUGGCUGGGCAUCCAUUCCCUUCCCACAGAUGCCAGACACUUGUGAGCCCCAAACUGCUCCUGUUGAAGCAGAUUGCAUUAAAUAAAAUAAUGGAUAGCUUCGCCAUGUUCUUGCUUCAAGGGAUCUACUAAAUGCAUGUAUAUAGACUACACAGUCAUAAUUUGGGUAAAUAUAUCAAUGUGGCUACUUCCUCUGGAAAUUCGUCAUCUAAAAUUUGUAAAUUUGAUCUACACUGACUGCAGAUUUCUCCCAGGUUUUAGAUUUGUAAGUGGCUUUCUAUGUAAGGUAAUCUUGUUCUUCUUGGCCAUUAAAAACUGUUGCAUAUUAGGCUAUUUGUCUAGUGGAUGUUAAUGGCUUGUUUACGUAGAAAAGCCAUAUAUAGCAAAAGUAGGUGGCUUAAAACGCUGAUGGUUGCCUAUUGCUUUGGAAAGAAAAAAAAUUACAGAAUGCAAUUAUAUCUGAUUUUAAUCUAUAAAGUAUUUUGAUUUUUCCCUUUUAGAAGUGGAAAACUUGAACCUGCUGGACAAGUUAACACACGGAGAACCUCUGAUGCAGGCUGUGUCUACAUGACAAGCACGUCUAAGGAUAGGGUGCGGAUAUUGUAAUGCAUUGGUUAGGAUGUUGUGUUUGUUUACUCUUCUUACCAGGGCAGGUUCACUUACACCUACCUUUUUAACUCUGGCUGUCUGCCUGGGAUUCUGAGGUGGGCACAUCUACUUGUUUGGCAAGAUCUUUAGAAACAUUAACAGGCCCUGGGCAUUUGCUUCUCUACUAUGCUGGGCGCUACUCACUGCUGGUUCCUGAGUGCAUGCUCAGUGCACCCCUCACCAGCCCUUGCUCACGUGCAUCUGGGAACUCAGGCUCUAUCCUGGGUGCAGGUGCACUGGGAGGGGCCAUUCUGGUGGGUGGGGAGUAAGCUAUUAGUGUUUGUGUACAUUGUGGAAACAGCCUCAGCUGGACUUUCUCUCUCUAUCUGUUCUGAUGCUGGCUAAGUUACCCAUGUUUAAACAAUCGUUUGGAGAACUGGUCCUAUAGUUAAAGAUUUUGAUGUGAUUUUUGGGGUGGAAAGCCUCAUCCUUUCUGCUGGUGAUCAGAUGUCUGGAUAUCUCUGGUAUCUCUGGGUAUGUUGUGUGCAUCCAAAUUUUCAGCAUGAGAGAAGUCAAAGUAGAGGUCAGCAGCUGCUGGAAUAGAUGGCAAGUGGGAUCGGCCAUUCGAAUUCCUUACUCUCAGGCAGUGGUGAUCAAUAAGGUAACCUAUCAACUGGGAUGAAUCUUAGGGUCCACUGUGGGUUUCCUAGGGGACACCAUGCACUACAGCACCUUAUUUCAAAAGAUUGAACAGUGACUAUUAAAACUGAAACAUUUACGUGUCUUUCUGAAGCCCACUGUGGCUCCAUUGAGCUCUUUUUCCCCUUUCAGUGAGCUUAUUUUGGGGAGUCGAGGUAACAUGCCAUCCGGCGGGUAAAAGUGGGAUGGCCCUGGCGCUGGAGCUGGAGAAGAACAGAAGUGUCUGGCUGCGCUUUACAGUGUGGUAAGCACCAGAGCACGUGUGAGGCACUCCUCCAGGAACAGAAAGGUAGUGGAGGCAAAUCUCACACGGGACAGCUUACGUCCGCGUGACAGGGUGCACCUGGUGCCUGCACCGCCAAUGUGGCAGGUGACAUAGAGGUUUUGUUGUGAUGGGAUGUGUAUCAGCCCCUAGGAGAAAAUAGGUGAAACCCCCGCUUAUGAAGCGGGGCACCAGGGGUGAGACCGGAGGCCUUCGGGAUGUAAGGGGCCGUGGCUAGUGCCUAAAGGGUCGCCAAAGGAACAAGGAAUCACCGAGUGCCGCCUCUGUGUCGGUGGCAGAGCCUGCUCCUCAGGGCCCUUGGACGUCGCAGACCUUCGGGCCAGGCACUGGGCUGGGGAGCAGACGCCGGGCUCCUCCUCUGCGGUUCCGCCCGCCCCAGCGCUUCUGCUUCUGUCGCCCCGGACCUCCGCGUCACAUUCCCCUGGAAGCUGGUUAGAGACGGCUCAUCCGAGGCGCACGCUGCCCACUGUCUGUGUGGGUUUUCCUGGUCCUGCCCCACUCACAUUUGCAUUCCUUACACACCUGGCCUCUUCCCUUCUCCCCGGCUUCUUUCUUCAGAUCAAUCAUGUUUCACACUCGCCGUCUUCCAAAUUUGUCAUCGUUGUGGGGUCUCCGAAUGACUUACACUUUUUACAUCUUCUUGCUUUGGCUGGACUGAUGACUUUUUCCUGGUUACAUUGUACCGUAUUUCUCCCUUUAACAGUGAAAGGUCAGGGGAUCCCUGGGUGGCGCAGCAGUUUGGCGCCUGCCUUUGGCCCAGGGCGCGAUCCUGGAGACCCGGGAUCGAGUCCCACGUCGGGCUCCCGGUGCAUGGAGCCUGCUUCUCCCUCUGCCUGUGUCUCUGCCUCUCUCUCUCUCUCUGUGACUAUCAUAAAUAAAUAAAUUAAAAAAAAAUAACAGUGAAAGGUCAGAAACACAUGGUUUAGAGAAAAUCACUUUUGUAAGGAUCACAGAUGACCACUUUUUUUCAGAGAAUGGGGAGUCCGUAGAGCAGGUCCAUGGGCACAUCUGUCCAGAGGGCCCCCUUUUGAGUGCUGGCUCUGGUGAUGCCACACCUUCAAGAGCUCCCCUGUGCCCUCCCUGAGGCCCUGCCUGGUUGUGCUGGAUGAGUCUUCCCAACCGACUCCGCCCCUCCCUGCAUCCACUUUGCUAAGAGAUUCGAGCAGGUGAAUGGCCUUUCCGUGAUGCCUUGGGCUAGCUAGAGCUCUUUCCGAUCUGCCAUGACUGAAAAUGAAAUUUAGUGGAGCACUUUGGGGAACAGAACAGCCAAGGGGAAAGCACCAGAAUCCAAUUAUAAGUGGGUGUCUUGCCAUUUAACCUGCUACUGUGGGUACCACUAGUUAAACAGUCUCUUUUUAGAAAUGACCAUAUCCAAGAAAGCAGCAGUGCAUGGGGGGGUCACAUUGAUUUUUCAAUGGAAACCUUCCCAUCUUGUUAGAAAGAAAAAUCAUUGUAAACAUGCAGUUAUGGCACAUUUUUUCCAGCUUUGACUAAGAGAAACUACGGAUGGAAAGCACAUCAUUUCCCAUUAAAGAGACUGUUGCUGGUGUGUAGAUGUAGCUAAUGAAAUGGAUUGCAAUGAUGCAGCUCAGGGUUGAGCAGGGCCCAGUGAUACAGGGAGGAUCUUCAGGCAUGUGUGUCCUAUUUAUCCUUGUCACCUCAGGGUCCCAUGGGGAACCUCACAGGAAAGAUAGUGAGUGAGCAGAUGCCUUGUGUGUGAUAUUUUCAAAACAAGGCUGGCAUUGAUAAAGAAUUAAAUUUAAUAAUCCUUUUAAUAUUAAAUCAGAUUAUCAGUUAGGAAUAUUUACAAACUGAAAUGGAUACAGAAGUAUCACUUUCCAUUCACUGAUUUUCUACGAGUCAUACUUUAUUGUCAUAUAUUUCAUAAAGAUUGAAGAUUUGACACCAAGGGAUAGAAAUGCAAAGUUUCCUUAAACAUUGUUGGUAUAUCUUUUAAUUUCUCAGGUUAUACCUGCCUGAGUGAGGAGAGCUGUGCAUUGUACCAAAGGUCAUGGAUGUUAGGGUACUUAGGGAGAUUUGGUUUAAUCCUGUUGGUCAGCUGCUGUUGGAAACACCGUCUUUGGCAUUCUCACAUAUAAAAGAAGACUUGAAAGAGAUGAACAAGUCUCAGAAACCCAUUUGAAUGAACUGAGACUUCUACAAGAAGGUACCAAUGAUGCUCUGGCCUCACCUUAGAGCCAUGGUUCUCAAUCUUGACCAAGUAUCCGAAUCUCUUGAAGAGCUUGUUUAAACAGAUUACUGGGCCUCACCUCCAGAAUUUCUGAUUUGGUGCAUUUGGGGUAGAGUCCCAAGAUUUGCAUUUCUAACAAGCUUUUUGGUAAUAUUCAUUCUGCAAGUGCAGGGAUCACAUUUUUGGACCUCCUUCCCAAUUUGAGUGGGUUGGAGAUGGAGCCCAGGCAUCUUUGUAAGGCCUCAGGCACACUGCCAGAGUUAAGAACCACUCAAGUUAAGUAGAUGGCCCUCUGCACAUCCAAACUUCUGUGGUUCUAUGAAAAAGAAAUUGCUUAUACGGAAUCUAAAGCAUUCAGAUUUUAUUGUUUACAUUGAUCAGAGUCAUAAAAUAUCUGUUCAACUAUUAUAUUAGCCUAUCUGCAGAAAUUUACAAAUUUUCAAAGUGUGAAGGAGUUUGAUAACAUACAUGUAAGGAUUUCAGAAAUUAUCAUAUUUUUCCCUUCAAAAAAAUAGCUUGGUGGGAAAGGACACUUGUACAUUAAUUUUGUCCCCUCCCCUCCAAUAUAUAGACUAUAGCAUUCUAAUGUUACAUGUGAAUUUUUGAACUCAAUGUUUAACUUAAAUAUAUGCAUGUCUUUCUAUGCGACUGCUGAUUUUUAACUACAUUAUUAUCUCUAAGAGAUAAAUGUAACUUCUCUGUCUUUAAAGUUUUCAAUUAAUUAUCUCAUGAUAAUAUAGUAGUAUGGAUAAAGAAGAAAAUCUGUUUAUAUUGAUUUUUUAUUUUACUAAUGUGAUUGCUUAAACACUGCUGUAUAAAUAAUGAUGAGCAUGGAACUUCUUAUACCAGAUGCUGUUACAACUACUCUCUGAGGUUUCUUUCUCUAAAAUUUAUCUUACCAUCUAUAAAUUUAGUAUGACUAUCAUAUAUAAGUUUAGCAUGAAUACCAGUAAACUUGCAAAGCCAAACACCAAAAAUUGAGUUUAUAUUAAUCCACUUAGUACCAGAUGUGGUCAUCCCCAAUCACUUUGUGUUCUGCAUGAAGUCUAGGUGGAAUUUGUGAUUUGAACCAAUUUCUUGAAUUGAAAAUAAAAUUUGUUCCUCGAAGUA